GUAGGCGGGACCACGCGAGCCCUCCCUCUAGCUACUGGAGGCCGGGCAAAGGGGCGGGGUUUCCGGCGGUAGCGGCUCUCGGGCGUCGGGUGACGCUAGGAGAACGAAUCGUCACGUGACACGGAAGUGACUACGAACAGGAAGAGGACGAAAAAAAUAACCGUCCGCGACGCCGAGCCGAACCGGACCAGCAGCCACCAUGAACAGCAAAGGUCAAUAUCCAACGCAGCCAACCUACCCUGUGCAGCCUCCUGGGAAUCCUGUGUACCCUCAGACCUUGCAUCUUCCUCAGGCUCCACCCUAUACUGAUGCUCCACCUGCCUACUCCGAGCUCUAUCGUCCAAGCUUCGUGCACCCCGGGGCCGCCACAGUCCCCACCAUGUCUGCUGCAUUUCCUGGCGCCUCACUGUAUCUUCCCAUGGCCCAGUCUGUGGCUGUUGGACCUUUAGGUUCCACAAUCCCUAUGGCUUAUUACCCAGUUGGUCCAAUCUAUCCACCUGGUUCAGCCGUGCUGGUGGAAGGAGGGUAUGAUGCAGGUGCCAGAUUUGGAGCUGGGGCUACUGCUGGCAACAUUCCUCCUCCACCCCCUGGAUGCCCUCCCAACGCCGCUCAGCUUGCAGUCAUGCAGGGAGCCAAUGUCCUCGUAACUCAGCGGAAGGGAAACUUCUUCAUGGGUGGCUCAGAUGGUGGCUACACCAUCUGGUGAAGAACCAAGGCCACCUCCGUGCCGGGAAAGACAUCACAUACCUUCAGCACUUCUCACAAUGUAACUGCUUUAGUCAUAUUAACCUGAAGUUGCAGUUUAGACACAUGUUGUUGGGGUGUCUUUCUGGUGCCCAAACUUUCAGGCACUUUUCAAACUUAAUAAGGAACCAUGUUAUGGUAGCAGUACCUCCUUAAAGCAUUUUGAGGUAGGGGAGGCAUCCAUUCAUAAAAUGAAUGUGGGUAAAGCAGCCCUGAGGAUCUUCCUUUAAUUCCUCUGGAGUACUACUGUACCAUACUGGUCUUCGCUCUUAGUAAUAAAACAUCAAAUUAGGUUUGGAGGGAACUUUGAUCUUCCUAAGAAUUAAAGUUGCCAAAUUAUUCUGAUUGGUCUUUAAUCUCUUUUAAGUCUUUGAUUUCUAUUACUUGUUAUAAAUGAAAUGCAUUAGUUGUCUGCCUUUCCCUCCUUUGCCCCAUGGCCCACCCUCACCCCUAGUCUUCCAGUUCCUUCCCGCCAAUCUCCAUUGAAUCAAUGGUGCAGGACAGAAAGCCAGUCAGACUAACUUCCUUCUCUCCUUGCACUUGUCCCCACUUGCCAUCUUUUAACUAGUCUUUUACAAGGAUCCUCUCAAACCCCCUCUGUGCCCCAAGCACAGGCCCCAUUACUUCUGCUUUUGCAUCUCCUCAGGCAAAAGUGGAGGGUGCCCCUCGGACCCUCCUUACAGGUUGUUUAUUCGUCUGUGAACUAAACUCCAAUUUGCUUCGGUGCCAGAAAAACAGAGCUCUAUUUGAACCAAUGGUAUCAAUGCAAACUAUAAACAGGUUUGUUUAAAAAUGUGGGGGCAAGGAGGAGGAUGCAUUUCAAAAGCCUGAUGACAUUAGAGCCAAAUUAGGGGAAGUUUUCCCACCCAAAAACUGGUUACCGUUCAUUGUCAGAGUAUCUCAUGUAGGCCUUCAUGGCUCCCGAGAAUUCCUCAGCCGGUUUAAUGGGGUCAUAUUAUGAGUCCCUCACUACAAAAUGACUUGAGUCCAGUAAAAUCUCAUUAGGGUUAAGAAUAUUUCAGGGAUCCUUAAUAUUUUGAUUUUUGUUUUCUGAAAUUGGAUUUUAUUUUAUUUUAUAAUUUCAGUUCAUCUAAAUUUUGUGUUCUGUCCAUGUGAUGUUUGACUGUACCAUUGACUGUUAUGGAAGUUCAGCGUUGUAUGUCUCUCUCUACACUGUGGUGCACUUAACUUGUGGAUUUUUUAUACUAAAAAUGUAGAAUAAAGACUAUUUUGAAGAUUUGAAUAAAGUGAUGAAGUUGCAUUACACCUCA